AUGCCGCCGCGCCCCCGGAGCAGCUCGGGCUACCGCGGCGUCCGCCUCCGCUCGUCCGGCGUGUAUUACGCGGAGAUCCGCUCCGGUGAUACACGCCUCGUGCUCGGAACAUUCGACAACGCCCAUGAGGCCGCUCGCGCGUACGACACGGCGGCGUGGCACCUCGGGCGGCCUCGCUCGCAGAUGAAUUUCUUCGACACGCGGACGCGCCAGCAGGCGCACGAUCUCCGGAAGCGGGAGCGCCGCCUCCACAUUGCCGAGGCGGACGAGCACACCAUGGCGGUGUGGCGCGAGCGCUCCCCGCUGGAUGUCGCUGCCGAGAACGAGUUCUGGGCGCAGAGGAGAGCGGAGCGAGCCGUGCGUCGGGCGGACAAGCGUGCGCGGAAGGAACUGGCGGAAGCCCAGCUCGACAACCCGGCGUCAACCUGGGACAGUGAAGAUCCUCGGUGGCUCGACGCGUUUACGUCGUCAGACUACACCACCGAGGAGGACGAGGAGUAG